AGAAAAAAACCCAAAUUCCAGAGAACUUCCCUAUAAAGCCUAUACUUGGGAAGAUAUUAUUCAAGGGUAUUUUCUAGCUCGAGAAAUGUCUACGAGAGAGGUCACAGCUGCUCUCUGAAGAAGACUGCAAGGCAAGGUUGCAAUAAUCACAGGCGGGUCAAGAGGCAUUGGAGAGGCUACCGCUCGGCUAUUCACAAAUCAUGGAGCAAAAGUCAUAAUUGCAGACAUUGCAGAUGGUGCUGGUAUAAAGUUGGCGGAAUCCCUUUCUCCCUGGGCGACAUAUAUCCACUGUGACGUAAGCAAGGAGCAAGAUGUAAGCGCGACAUUGGAUUUGGCCAUGCACAAGCACGGAAAACUGGAUAUAAUGUUUAAUAACGCGGGAGUUGUCGGCACGCAGAAAGGGAGCGUGGCAGAGAUUGAUAUCCAGGAUUUCGAGCAAGUGAUGAAUGUCAAUGUAAAAGGAGUAAUAAACGGUAUUAAGCACGCAGCCCGCGUUAUGAUCCCCAACAGAAAGGGCAGCAUUAUAUCUACAGCUAGUAUUGCAGGAAUAGCAGGAGGAUUUACUCCUUAUGCUUACACUGCUUCCAAGCAUGCGGUUAUUGGGCUGACAAAGAACGGUGCCGCAGAGUUGGGGAAAUGUGGAAUACGCGUGAAUUGUAUUUCUCCAGCAGCAAUCCCCACAGAUCUGGUAUUGAAUUAUGUGGGAGUGAACCCUUCACCAGAGGCAAAGACCAAGCUGGAGACGGCGAUUGAGGUUGUAGCCCCCUUAAGGGAAGCCAAUCUUAGACCAGAGGAUAUUGCGGAGGCUGCUUUGUAUCUGGCCAGUGAGGAUUCCAAAUAUGUGAGCGGUCACAACAUGGUGCUGGAUGGGGGAAGAUCAGUCGUAUUAGAGGAAACUGCAGUGUUUGGAAAGUACUAAAGUACUAAAGCGGCCCCACCAUGCACAAGCAUUUAUUAUCAUUUCUUACGAACCUACAGGAGGUUUGCGCGUUGCCAAUUUCAACAAAUGGAGUACUUUGAUCUCAGUGACAACCUCACAUUCUCACCUCAAUAUCAAAAAAAUUUGACAGCCAAAACCGUUACAGAUUUUUUCUCCUCACAAUUAUCACCGUUACUCUGUUCCGCCUGGUACAUAGAAUAUUCAACAACAUCCUUGGCAGGGCCUACGCCUUGGCUGCUCUUUCCUUUCUUCGGCUUGGAAAUCGCUGCUCUCUCAACAAGUGCCGGGUUCGAAGGAAGAGCCGGUAAAUAACACCUCCCAAAUUUGACCUCUGCUCAAUUAGGUCAACACUCAAAUGCAUCUGCUACUACAGGGCAAGGGGACACUGCCAAUCGCCCCUAAAAUUCACAUUCUCGUCCUUGCAUGAUAAAAAAUCUCUGGAUUUUUCGAUUUUUCGAGGCAAUUUCUCAAACAGCUCUAAGGCUUCCACAUUUUGCAUACAUGUCAACCAGGGUAGUGGCGAUGACAUCAUCUUACAAAAUUCCUCUAUCCGUUGUGCUUUAAUGGAUGUCUAUACCCUAUUCCAAAGCUCCCAUUUCCACAUAGGCAGGGAGGAUGCUUCAACACUUUGCAUACAUCUACCAAGGCAGUUGCAACUACAACAUCUAAUAAUCUUCCUCUAUCCUUUAUGCUUUGAUGGAUGUCCAUACCCUAUCUCAAAGCUGUCAUUUUUACACAGGCAGGAAGGAUGCUGACAAAUGUUGUAUAAUAUGACUUUACGCCUGCCAGUCACAUUCGUUUGAAAGUUUAUAAAGCCUUUUCAACACAUCCAUUCUGUGUAUCCUACAAUAAUGCCAUUCCAUGAGAUCACAUU